UCGCUUCCCCGCCUUUCCUGCCCUCAGAAGACUGUCUCACAUUGCCUCAACCCUUUCUUCAUCUAGGCUGCACAAAAUGGCUUCUCCUGACAGCACAAUCGUCCUUAUCACCGGCGCCAACCAGGGGCUCGGCUUCGAGGUCGCCAAAAAGCUGGCUACCGACCACCCGGGCUACCACGUGCUCAUGGGCUACCGCGAUGCCGCCAAGGGUGAAGAAGCUAUUGCCAAGCUCAAAAGCCAAGGAUUGACCGUCGACGGAGUGAUCAUCGACGUGACCGAUGACACCUCCAUUCAGUCGGCUGCCAAACAGGUGGCAGACCAGUUCGGUCGAUUGGACGUCCUCAUCAACAACGCCGGUGUGAUCACCGAGGGCCGCUUGCCCGAAGGCACCUCCCUCCGCCAAACCUGGCAAGCGGGCUUUGACAUCAAUACCACGGGUCAAGUCGUCACUACGGAAGCCUUUAUCCCUCUGCUGGAGAAGGCCGCUGUGCCGCGGAUUGUCUUUGUAUCCUCAGCCUUGGGGUCGUGCACCGGCCGGUUGGACCCCAAGGAUCAAUUUGCUGCCUUUCAAUUCCCUGCCUACCGCAGCUCCAAGGCGGCGCUCAAUAUGAUCGCCUGUCAUUACGCCAAUCUUUAUGGGCCCAAGGGAUGGAAAGUUAACGCGAGCGACCCGGGAUUCUGCGCCACCAACUUCAACCGUUUCCGCGGCUGGGGCACCCCGGAGAGUGGUGCACUGCAGACGGUUCACCUCGCAACUUUGGAUAAGGAUGGACCAAAUGGUACCUUUAGCAACACCGAUGGGCCACUGGGAUGGUAGUGUCGCUGUGUAUUAAUGGGACUACUUUGUUGGGCAUAUUAACGAAUUGGAUACGG